ACUUUUGGUUUGUGAAAUAUGUAUGCACUUCAUGUGAACGUGAAGAAAGCCAAUAACUUGAAAAAUAUCGAAAUCUCAGGGAAGAGUGACCCUUACGUCGUUGUCGAUUUUCAAGGACAAAAACAGAAAACAAAAGUUAUAGAUGACGAUUUGAAUCCGGUAUGGGACGAGGAAAUAAUAAUCGAUUUAAAAGGAAAACCUUUAGCUGCUUCCGACAAUGUACUGAUCAAAGUAAUGGAUUUCGACAAAGUUACACCAGACAAAUUCAUGGGACAAGCGUUGAUUCCGUUACAUUGUGUUUUGUCAACAACAGUUGAAGUACCUAUUUGUGUGGUACUACAGAAUAAAAAACAUCAAGAUACUAUGUCAACAAUUGAAUUGUCACUACGCUAUGAAUUUCCACAAAACACGAAAGGAUUAGCCACUAAUGAAAUAGAACAAGGCGGCGUAGGCGAUAAAGUGGAUGCGGGUGGCGCUGGUGAUGCUGGCGUAAGAGGUAGUGGGGGUACAGGGACUGAUGUGUAUGAAAAAGAUACACUUGAUGAUGAACUGGGUACAGGCAAACGUAAAAAAAAACUAAGUGGUCUGGCAGUCCGUCCCCAAUAUUCAACAAAGAAACAAGAUUUUCAAAUUCGUGUCAAAGUUAUUGAAGCUCGUCAAUUACAAGGUGCUAAUAUUUCACCAAUAUGUAAAAUUACUUGCUGGAAAGAAAGUAAAGACACACGUGUUCGAAAUUCUACAAAUUCACCAUUCUGGGACCAGACGUUUUUUUUUAAUUUCUUCGAUUCAGCUGCCGAAAUGUUAGAUCAACAAUUAGUGUUCACUGUUUACGAUUCACGUCGACUUCGUCGUGAUUCAAUGAUUGGUUCUUUCAAAUUCGAUUUGUCAAUAGUUUAUGAAUGCGAUCGUCAUGCAAUGUUAAAUAAAUGGUUGCUACUAUGUAAUCCAGAAGAUCCAAUGUCUGGUGCUAAAGGUUAUCUAAAAAUAUCAGUUGUUAUUCUAGGGCCUGGAGACGAAGCUCCGAUUAUGAAAGUUGGUGAAUCCGAUGAGAAAGAAGAUAUUGAAGGAAAUCUUCUUCGUCCUGCUGGUGUUCAAUUAAGACCAGCGAUUUUUAAAAUUCUUUUAUAUAUGGCUGAAGAUUUGCCAAGAAUGGAUUCAGAUGCUUUUAAAGGAAUCAAGAAUUUACUUUCUACAUCUGAUGAAGAAAAAGAGUUUGUGGAUCCCUACGCUCUUGUUUCAUUUGCUGGGAAAUCGAUUAAAUCUAGUACAAAAUAUGGAACUGAUCAUCCUGAAUGGAACGAAGAGAUUACAAUGAACAUUCAGUUCCCGUCAAUGUGUGAGAAAUUGAAAUUUACGUUCUUUGAUUGGGAUCGUAUUGGUUAUAAUGAUCCUAUAGGAACUGGGGUUAUUUCUAUAUCACAAAUUUCUGCUUUUCGCGAUGACACUGAUGGUUUCUUACCAACAUUUGGUCCAAGUUUUAUCAAUCUAUAUGGUUCUCCAAGAGAAUACAGUGAUCUUCCGGACAAAUACGAAGCAUUAAACUUAGGAAAGGGACAAGGUGUAGCAUAUCGUGGUCGCGUUUUGUUAGAGUUAUCAACUGAAUUGUUAGAUGAGCCAACAGCUGAUUUGGUUAAACCAUUGGAACAAGAUAAAGUUGCAAGAAUCCAAAAAUCCUUAAGAAGAAGAAAAUACCAGUUGUAUGUUGCAUUUCUAUCUGCAACAAUGAUUGAAGAAAAAUCUGACGGACCAAUUGAAUUUGAAAUCAGUAUCGGUAAUCAUGGUAAUAAGUUGGAUGAAUCGGUCACACCAUGUGCAUCAACGACACCACCAACAAAUCCUGUAUCAGAUGGAUUACAUUACUACUAUUUACCAUGGGGUGAUGAUAAACCAUGCACUAUGGUUGAUUCUCAAUGGGAAGAUAUAUCAUUUCGUUUAGGUGCAGUGAAUUUAUUAUUGAGAAUUGCUGACCAUUUGGAGAGAGGAAUUAGUCAUUUAAUGGUUGCCAUUAAAGCGAAUCUCCCAAUAGAAACUCAAGCACAAUUGGCAAUCUCUUCAUUAGAUGAAUUUAUUAUGGAUUGCAAUCAUUCUUUACCACAAUGGGAACCUGAGAAUAUUCCUCAAAAUGAAAUGGAUAUACAUUUACGUAAAUUACGUGAAGAUCAAUUAAAUACAUUACGUGAGCAAGCAAUAAAUACAAGAGAAACUGUCUCUGAAAUUGAUGAUGCAUUGAAAGAAUUGAAAUCUUAUCGAGAAACUAUACUUAAUUUGGCGAUUGAACCACAAAUGAGUAUACCAGAUAUUAUAAUAUGGAUGUUAAGCGGUGGUAAGCGUAUAGCUUAUCACAGAAUACCAGCUCAUGAAGUGUUAUACCAUGACAACGAAGAUUACCGCGGAUUAAAAUGUGGUACAGCACAAACAAUCAAUUUAAAAAAACCCACCUUAUUGAAAGAUGAAAACAAGCCAGAAUGGAAAAUUCCGGCUCAGUUACGUGUUGUUGUAUGGUUUGGUUUAGAAAAGGACCGUACUGCAUGGACAGAAUCGCAUACUGAAGCAAAACUCCAAGUUGUUGCAGAAACGUAUGAAAAUCAAGCAUCAAUUGUUGGUAAUUGGGUGACGAAACGACCACCGUUAACACGUCCAUCAUGGUCUGAUAAUACUGGCCGAAUUGAAUUACCCAAGGAUUCUAUUCAAUUACCUACAGGUUGGGAAUGGGUUGGUGAUUGGUAUGUUAGUCCAGAGUUAUCGUUGCUUUAUAAAAAGGAUGCAGGAAAAACAAGUUUUGUUGAAGAAUUAUUCUAUAAUGAAUUUCGUACCCCAACAAGUCCAUGGAAGGUUGCCGAACCUGCAUAUACUGAUGCACAAGGGGAAGUAAAAGGUGAACCAAAAACAGUUGAACUACCAAGUGGCUGGACAUGGGCUGACGAUUGGAAAAUUGAUUACAAUCGUCCAUGUGAUGAAGACGGUUUUGAGUAUACCGUAGAAGCAUCUACAGGUGGUUAUGUUGCAGCUGAAAAACUUUAUCAUAUGUUUCGUAGGCGACGAUUAAUACGGUCGCGGAUACUUGGUGAUGUUGGUGUACCUGUUAAACAAGAAGUACUAAGACAAGUGAUAGCACAUGAUCAACAAUCUCGUUUAUCAUUAUUACAAAGUUUAAGUACGGAACCAGCAGAAGCAUGGGAGUAUGCAUUCAAUUUCGACUCAAAAUUCCAUACAAAAGAACGUAAAGUUGAUAUGGUUCGACGCAGACGCUGGCAUCGUGCUUUAGCACCAAAAGAUCUAAGUUCAGAGACUAGUUCAUGUGUCUUACAAAUACGAGGCAGUUCAAAACAAGUGGAAAGUAGUAUGAAGUUGAAAAAAAAAGAGAAUCUCACUGUUCCAAGGAUGUUCAUGCGCUUUAGAACUUCUCAUAUCUGGCAUUUACGAGCAUAUAUCUUCCAAGCUCGCAGUGUUUUAGCAGCUGAUCAAUCUGGCCUAUCUGAUCCAUUUGUGCGAUGUUCAUUUCAAGGGCACAGCCAAGAAACACAAAUUAUCCAACAAACGUUAUGCCCAACAUGGGAUGAAACAUUAAUAUUUGAGCAUAUUGAAAUGUGUGGUGAUCCAAAAACAAUACUUUCAGAUCCACCACCAGUUAUGAUUGAGCUAUUUGAUUAUGAUCAAUUAAGUUCAGAUCAUUUCUUAGGCAGAUUACAGAUCACUCCUGCUGUUCGUUUAGACACAGAAACCACUUGGGCAAAUGUACUUCAAUGGUAUACAAUCGAGAAAAAUCGCAAAAAAGGUGGUGAAAUAUUGGCUGCUUUCGAGUUGAUUCUGCUUGAUGGUAAAUCUCCACCACCACCACCUACACGUCGUGGUACUUUAUUCAAUGUACCCGAAGGUAUACGUCCUGUACUCCAACGUACCGGCAUUGAAAUUCUUUGUUGGGGUGUUCGGACAAUGCGUAAAUAUAAACUAGCUAGUGUUAAUUCACCGUCAGUGGAAUUUGAAAUUGGUGGUAAAGUAGUUGAAUCAACAAUCAUAAAAAGUGUGAAAAAAAAUCCAAAUUUUUCAUCGCCACUAUUAUUCUUAGAUGUUUUAUUGCCAAAAGAAGAAAUUUAUUUGCCACCAAUGAAUAUAUGUGUACGUGAUCAUAGAGCAUUUGGACAGAAACCAAUGGUUGGUGUACAUGUUUUAACAGAUUUUCAAGCAUUCAAAGUACCAGCGAGAACAUCACAAACAGAUGUUUUAAUGGAUAUACAAGCCUUAACUGAUAUUGCUUUUACAACACAAGAGCCUUAUCUAGCUGAACCGAAAGUAGAGGUUCAAUCACCAGUUAAAGGCAAAUCGAAACAGAAGAAAAAAUUUACACCUGAGGAUUUAUCGCAUCCGAAAAGAGUCAAAGUUGUAACCGGUAUUGUUGCUGAACAGAAACCUAGAAAAAAGUGGAAAUUUCUAAAAUCCAAGAAGGUCCAGUCCUUAGAAAUCCAGAUGGAUCUUAAACAAAUUGAUGAUAAAAUAGAUUGGUGGUCGAAAUUCUAUGCAUCGAUUGGUGAAUGGGAUAAAUGUUUAAAAUAUAAAGAGUUUGGUUAUGAUACAAUUUGUGUUUAUUCUCAUCCAUUGGAAGAAGUGGAAGGAUUCAAUGGAUUUACAGAUUUCUGUAAUACAUUCACGUUAUCAAGAGGUAAAAAUGUUGAUGAAGAUGAAGAUAAUUAUGCCGGUGAAUUUAAAGGGACAUUUCGUAUUUAUCCAUUACCAGAAGAUCCGAAAGAACAAUUACCAGUACGUUAUUUUGAGAAAUUAAGUGUAUCGUCUGACCCAGAAGAAUGCAUGUUACGUGUUUACAUUAUACGCGCAAUUGAUUUACAGCCAUCAGAUUCAUCAGGUUUGGCUGAUCCUUAUGUGGAAAUCAUUGUAGGUCAGCAUAAAGUUAAUUCGAAAGAUAAAUAUCUUCCAAAUACUUUAAAUCCAGAAUUUGGAAAAAUGUUUCAAAUGAAGUGUAUUUUACCGAUUGAAAAAGAACUACACGUUAUAGUGAAAGAUUAUGAUGCAGUUGGUGCAGAUGAUGUAAUAGGACAAACAGAUAUUGAUUUGGAAAACAGACGUUUAACAAAAUAUCGAGCUACAUGUGGCCUACCACAAUCUUACUGUGUUUCUGGACCAAACCAAUGGAGAGAUUCAAGAUUACCAAGUGAAAUAUUACUAGCUGUAUGUGAUAGUUACUCAUUACCAGCGCCACAGUAUGGAGAAACAACAGACAUUAAACCAAAUCCAAGUUGCCGUGUUGGUCAACGCGUAUUUGUAUUGGAAGAUUUUGAACGUGGUAUGGUACCGAAUCCACAUUUAGGACCACCGAAAGAACGUUUGGCCUUACAUAUUUUAAAUAAACUUCCAUUGGUAAAAGAACACGUCGAAACGAGGUUGUUGUAUAGUCCAUUACAACCUAAUAUCGAACAGGGUAAAUUGCAAAUGUGGGUUGAUAUAUUUCCAACAUCCUUAGGUGAACCUGGUCCACCAUUCGAUAUUUCACCAAGAGAACCAAAUGAAUAUAUAUUACGUUUAGUUGUAUGGAAUACAUUCGAUGUUGUAUUAGACGAGAAAUCAAUAACUGGUGAACAAAUGUCUGAUAUUUAUGUCAAAGGCUGGUUAUCUGGUUUAGACGAUCGUCAAAAAACUGAUGUUCAUUAUAGAUCGCUAAACGGUGAAGGGAAUUUCAACUGGCGUUUCGUAUUUCCAUUUUUUUACUUACCAGCUGAAAAUAAUAUCGUUGUUAAACGUAAGGAACAUUUUUGGUCUAUGGAUGUUACAGAACAACGAGUUCGUCCACAAUUAGUAAUGCAAGUUUGGGAUAAUGAUUUAUUUUCACCGGAUGAUUUUAUUGGGACAUUAGAAUUAAAUUUAUCUAAUAUGCCUAGUCCAUCAAAAACACGUAGUAAAUGUUCACUGAACAUGUUACAAUCCGUUGGCAAUGAAACGAAAUUGGUUAACCUAUUUGAAUGUCGACGACUGAACGGAUUUUGGCCAUUUGUUAAUGAAGAAAGUGGAACUCCACUUUUAACUGGUAAAAUCGAAAUGGAAAUGGAAUUGGUGACAAAAGCAGAAGCUGAUCUUCGACCAGCUGGUAAAGCACGUGAAGAUCCAAAUGAAAAUCCUCACUUAGAACCACCAAAACGUCCAGAAACGUCAUUUUUAUGGUUUACAUCACCGUGGAAAACAUUCAAAUUUAUUAUAUGGAAAAAAAUGAAAUGGGUGAUUAUCGCGUUAUUGAUCAUUCUCAUCAUUGGCUUAUUAAUAGUAUUAUUUGUAUAUGCUAUACCGCCACUUUUGGCGAGGAAAAUGGUUGGAGUUUAAAUGGUCGUUACAGAACCCUUUAUUGAUAAUUUUAAAAUCCACUCUUAAUUGCUAUUUUACUUUAAGCUUAUAUUUAAGAUAAAACUGACAAUAAUUUGUUAAACUUUAAUGAACGUCCAUUUAAUCUUCCAUAUAAGAAAGAACCUAUUUUAAACGAAAAUUCUGCAACAGAAAAAUGCACUUUAUUCUCUUGUCUUUGUUUUUAUCCAGAAAUAAAAUAGGUUUUAUGAUCUGAAUAUGCAUAACGGACAUAAUCAAAUUCACUUUAUCAUAUAUGUGUUCUCUUUUGAAAUUGUGAUAUCUGAUUUUAACCCAGUUAUAUCUACACUUCCACUCAGAGUGGAAUUUUCGAAAACUUUUAUUUAUUUUUAAAAAAAAAACUACAUUAACCUUCUAGUAAUUUGAUUGGAAGAUCUUGAUGAAUUCACUUGUUUUUCUUUUGAUCUUUCAUCAAUUCCUAUCUAACGUAUAAUACAGAGUUUCGAAAAAACUAUAAUUACAUACCAUAGGUGAUGGUUAAGGCCAACCGGGGAUAGGUGAUUUCCCUUCCUAUAAUCAACCCACUUACUCGUAUCUUAUUUAAGUAGUUCAACGAAAUAAUACAUAAAUUGGUUCAUGUCUUCCUAUUAUAAUUGGCUACUACGUAGGAAAUAACCCAUCUUCGUUUCUUCAUCGACAAACAAUAAUAUUUAUGCUCAACAUUUCUUCAGUUUAGGCCUUUUUUAGUAUGCAAACGAGAAAAAUAUUCCAGUUUUUUAUUUUUAAAAACUAUUUAUACUUUCAUUAUGGUUAAGAUUUAUGUUUCAAGUUAUUUUUAUGCAAUGAUCGCGUACUGUGUUCUUUAAGUCAAUUUAACUAAAUAAAAAUUCUGGACGC